AUGAUAAGCGCAAAAGGGAACCUGCGGGUGGUGCUUCCAGGGGGUGGUUUCCCCUCGUUGGUCCGUUCUGCAAGUCGGGUAGUUGACGGAUUAGGAAGUGGCCAUCCCGGUGGAAGGGGUAAUCAUUACUUUUCCAUUCAGGAGAGGAGAAGACAUGCGUUCUUCCUCCCGAGGAGAUAUUUCGCCAUAGGAGUUUUCGAAAGGAAGAAGCCUCAUAUGAAUAUAGGAACGAUCGGCCAUGUGGAUCACGGAAAGACUACCCUAACUGCAGCGAUAACAAAAGUCUGUGCAAAUUUAAACAGGGGGACAUUCAAAUCGUAUGAAGAAAUAGAUAAAACGCCAGAAGAGCAAAAGAGAGGAAUUACAAUCAAUGCAACACAUGUAGAAUACGAGACAGAAAAAAGACACUACAGUCAUAUAGACUGUCCAGGACAUUUAGACUAUGUGAAAAAUAUGAUCACCGGUACGUCACAAAUGGACGGAUCGAUUCUAGUGGUGUCUGCUUAUGAUGGGUUGAUGCCACAGACGAAAGAACACGUCUUAUUAUCGAGACAAAUUGGAAUAGAAAAAAUGAUCGUCUAUUUGAAUAAAAUAGAUAUGUGUGAGGAUAAGGAGCUGGUCGAUUUGGUUGAGUUAGAAAUAAGAGAAUUGCUCUCCUUCCAUAAAUACGAUGGGGAUAAUAUCCCCUUCAUCAAAGGGUCAGCUCUAAAAGCGUUAAAUGACGACCAGUCUGAAUACGGAGUGCCUUCCAUUUUGAAGCUACUAGAUGCAUGCGAUAACUACAUUGAUGAGCCGAAGAGGAAAAUGGAUCUCCCCUUUCUUAUGAGCAUAGAUGAUGUUUUGCAAAUUUCCGGAAAAGGGACAGUCGCCACGGGGAGAGUAGAACAAGGAACAUUAAAGGUAAAUGAUUCCGUUGAAAUUAUGGGAAUAAAGGAGAAGCCAAUUAAAACGGUUGUCACGGGAAUAGAGAUGUUUAGGAAAACGCUAGAUGCAGCUCAAGCGGGAGAUCAAAUUGGAGUCAUGUUGAAAAAUGUAAAAAGAAACGACAUAACCAGAGGGAUGGUAAUUACAAAAGUGCCCAACCUUAAGACAUACAAAUCGUUUGAAAGUGAUGUUUACGUUUUGAAGAAUGAGGAGGGAGGUAGGAAGAACCCAUUUUCAUCCUACUACAGACCCCAGGCUUACAUACGAACGGCAGAUGUAAAUUGCGCUGUCAUUCUGAAUGAGGAUACGCAGGUCGCCAAUCCGGGGGAUAAUAUAAAGUGCACGAUUGAGCUCAUGUAUCCUUUAGCUCUUGCUAGUGGGUUGCGCUUUUCCCUGCGGGAAGGUGGUAAGACCGUCGCUUCGGGGAUCAUAACGAAGGUCAUCUAA